AUGGGAGGAGUGAAGGUUCUUCUUCACGUUCUACACCGAGAUCAAGAUUUAACCGAAGACGGAACUAUUGCAUGGUCAACCUUGUACAACAAUUAUAUCGAAGAGAUCAACGCUUAUCUACUUGGGUCACCUAUAGACGAUGAAGAAGAACUAUUUCUUACUGAGAUGGGUCAAAAACCAAAUUUCGAUUGCUCUUCCGAUCUAGGUUCGCGAGACAUGGAUCGGAAUCAUGACUGGAUUAACGAUCCAAGGGAACGAUAUACGGACCUUGUGGAUAUUGAUACGUUUUUAAGUAGAAAUCCUAAAAUUGACGAAGGAGAAAACGUAUUAAUGGACUAUCAAAACGUUAAAUGUCCCGCCAUUACUAGCUCAGAGGGUGAAAGAGUUGUACCAAUUGCACCAAUUAGACGUACUGUACCUGGAAUAGUAAAUCUGGAGCUCCUUGCAAAUUCCAUGUCUCGGGUAUGCACUCUUGAAGAUCUCUUCAAACCGUUCAAUUUCGAGAGACUCCAGCGUAUUAAAGACUGCAAAAGAUUAUGUAAUAAAGCAAUGUUAGAUCAAAAAAACAGAAGGGAAGAACAAUCAUUAUUUGAUAAAAUAGAAUCGCCACUGGAAGCAACAGCAACACACCGGAAUAAAGAGACUGAUCCAAAUGAUCGUGCACGAGUAGGAUUUAAAGUUGACGCAAUAUUUGAAUACCAGGAUAUCAGCUGGACUCCAGUUAUUGAAUGUAGGAGGCUUAUGGGUGGAUGCUACAGAAAAACUAACAGGCGUAAAUGCAAAUGGUAUAGUUUGAUGGGUCUUACUGUAGUUGGUCGCAAGAUUAGAGUAUGUGCGCUUGCUACUACCGGUGGGCUAUUCCAUUUAGUCCUAAUGCAUGAAUGUCUUCUCCCAACUUCAUGA